AUGGCUCAACACAAAAUCAGGCAGACCAAUGAAAAACCAUGCAGUUGUGAUCAGUGCUCGAAACAGUUUACCCAAUUAAGCCGCUUCCAGAUCCACAAGCGUUCUCACACUGGGGAGAAACCCUAUGCAUGCCAACAGUGCGAGAAAGCAUUUGUUGAUAGCUACAACCUGAAGAAGCAUACUAGGACACACAAAGGAGAGAAGCCUUACAAAUGUAACUUUUGCAGUAAGAGCUUUGCUCAAGGAUGUCAGCGGCAGUUCCAUGAGAGGAAACACACUGCUAAGAAUCCUUACGAGUGCUCGCAGUGUGGAAAGAAGUUCACUCUUAGACAGGAACUGAACAAUUGCAAGGACUUGCAUUGCAGACUCAGAAGAAAGGAAAACAGCCGGUUAAGAAGAAAAGGAAGGUAG